UCUCAAGUGACAAUGGAAGAGAUUGCGCGCGUCGAGCGGUGCAGUCCGACCGACUAUUACGCGAUUCUGGCCGUCGAUCAGCAGACAUGGACGGCAGACAGCGUGCGGCGGCAGUACAUUCGGCUCUCGCGGCUCGUGCAUCCAGACAAGCACGGAAACAGUCCAUCGUCAACAGCUGCCUUCCAACGCGUUGCUGCGGCGUACAAGGCAAUAGGAACAGAGGAAGGCAAGCGCGCAUAUGACGCAGCUCAAGCAGCUGGCACAGGUCCUACUUGGAGCAACACAACUACUGUAAAUGCCGAAGAGCUCCUGGCCGAAGUCCUCCGUCAGAUGUACAAGGAAUUCUGCGAGGGAGAGCUGGACAAUAUCAUGCGGAUGCUCGACCAGGUCAUGGCGUUGCAGCCAGACUUGCAGCUCGAUCGUCAGUCCAUCCUCACAACGUUGGAGCGGUCGAGCAAGUGGGUUCAGUCGGUUCAAACAAUGUCAGCCAGCAUCAAGGAGGAGUUUCUGACCUUUGCAGACGCCUACGGACGGUUUCACGCGCUCGCAUACUCGGACAUUUUCGGCCGCUUUGAUCUCGCGCUGCUGUGCAUUCGAGUGGUGAUUGGCCUGCCCACCAAGACUGCAGGGACAUCGUUUGCCAUCCCCGAGCGGGCAGUAUCCCUGAUCAUAUCCACACAGAAUGCCAUUGAUGUUGGUCGCACACACAUUCAAAACUUUUCAGAGAGCUGGAACCGGGCCUCCGUCGCAGAGCAUCUGCAAAACGUCGCGCUCGGCACUAUUCGAGCGAUUGCUAAUUUGAGAAGCGGCAGGACGUCUGCGUCUCUGGAUUCUGCCGUGGAGUCUGCCGCAGCAGCAAGUAGCAGCGAGGGUGAUCCUGCACCGACCGCUCCCGCUGUUGAUUAAAUCCCUUGUUUUGUUGCUCCAAUGUGAAUAUCAAAUGCAUAUGACAUGGACUCCUUGUCAGUACUUUGUG